ACAUCCCUUAUAAUUACUCCCCAAAAAAAAAAAAAACACUUUAAUAUUUGGGAUUUCUCAUCACUGCAAGAACCGCGAAUUUCAACAAAGAAAGAAAACAAUCACAAACUCAUAAAAAUUUCCUGAACACCCUUUUCUUCACCAACUUGAAAAUCGCCAAAUUCACGUUUAUAUGAAAAUCUCUCCUUUUUCAGCAACAAAAAUAUUAUAAAAAAUCUCUCCCAUUUUCCAUUUCAUUUUCCGUGAAUAACUUUUUGUUGGGUCUCUCUUUCUUGUACGUUUCAAGGGUUUAAUUUCGAUUAUUUCAUUGAAGAACAGAGACAUUGUUCUCCCAAAAACCCUAGAAAUUUUGGGAUCCAAUUCCGAUCGAUUUGAAAUUUUCUUUUCUUUUCUCGGGUUCUCAUUCAAUUUGCUCUUUCUUCGGUCAGAAAACCCCCAAAUUUUCUUCCUUUUUCGAAUUUGCCGAGCAUUGAAUAUGAUUUUUCUUCUCCAAUAUGGAUUUCCUUAGAUGGGACGCGAGUUUCUAGGGUUUUGGAGGAGCUCUGGUUACAUCAAUGGGAGCCCUAACGAGCAACCGUAAGCGCGGCGAUGAGUUCUUGAAUUUGAACCACGGGAAUUUCUCUCCGAAUUUUCAGAGCUCUUCGAAGAGAGCCAGAUUCUCAUCUAUGCAGAAGAGUAGCAACCCCGACCGAGCCGUUUUGUCGUCGAAAAGCGCGGUCGCUAGGGUUUCCAGGUAUCCGGAGGCGAAACCCCCAUUGCCGAGAGUUCAUGCCCCUUGUAGAACGCUCAAAUUCGGGUACAAUUCGGCGGUUUCGCAACGAGAUUCGAGUCUGAAAAUCCGGAAAAAGGAGGAGUAUAACGAUACUAUGGGGAAUUUCUUAGCCUCCCAGUACCACAAGGCGAAGAAUUGCGCUUUGGAGGCGUGCCGGGUUUUGCAGAAGGAGAAGGAGGUGAUUGAAUUGGAUAAAGAGGUUGAUGAAGAAAAUGCGGUGUCCGAAGAUUCGAGCAUUGAGGAAGUCGAGGUUAUAGAGGAUGACGAGCGUGAGGCUGGUAGGGCUUUUGUGCCGAAUGCAAAAGUGUUGGAUGGCGUUAAUCUGCCGUCGUCGUCUUCGGCGGUUUCGGACUUGUCCAACGCCAUUCUGAAAGUGGAGAACUUCUCGCUUAGUGGCGAGAAGGAUUUUUCUAGUGUUUCUGCGUACAAGAAGUUACUCAGUUUUGUGGAUAGAAGAACAUCUAGAUUGAGACAGUUGAGUUUCGACAUCGAAUUGAAUGAGAAGCGCCGGUUCGCACUUCAAAGCCUGCGUCCUAAAACGGAACCAGUCCAGGAAGUCCCACGGGAACCCUUUAUCCCUCUUACGGAGGAGGAAGAAACGGAGGUUAAGCGAGCAUUUUCGGCGAAUCGGAGGAAGGUCUUGGUUGCUCACGAGAACUCAAAUAUUGAGAUUACUGGUCAACUUUUGCAAUGCCUUAGACCAGGCGCCUGGUUGAAUGAUGAGGUUAUUAACGUCUACCUUGAAUUGCUGAAAGAGCGGGAGAAGAGAGAUCCAAAGAAGUUUCUGAAAUGCCAUUUCUUCAACACAUUUUUCUACAAGAAAUUAAUAAGUGGAAAUGGCUAUGAUUAUAAAUCUGUCAGAAGAUGGACUACUCAGAGGAAGUUGGGAUAUGGCCUCAUCGACUGUGACAAAAUUUUUGUCCCUGUCCACAAAGAGAUACAUUGGUGCUUGGCAGUCAUCAAUAAGAAAGAAGAGAAAUUCCAGUAUCUUGAUUCACUCAAAGGAAGAGAUACUCAAGUGAUGAAAGUAUUGCCGAGAUACUACGUAGAUGAAGUGAAGGAUAAGAGUGGUAAAGUUAUCGACAUAAGUUCUUGGAAACAUGAAUUUGUUGACGACCUUCCUGAGCAAGAGAAUGGGUUUGAUUGUGGUGUGUUCAUGAUCAAAUAUGCCGACUUUUACAGCAGAGGUUUGGGGCUUUGUUUCGGCCAGGAACACAUGCCUUAUUUUCGGUUGAGAACAGCAAAGGAGAUCCUAAGACUAAGAGCCGAUUAGUUAAAUUCAUGCCCAUGGUAUCCGUUAAGAAUUUGCAAACCCAGCAAGCAAUUGUUUUGUGUGUUGGAAUAUGAAUUGUGAAAUUAAUUUCCCUAGACCUGUUCAACAAGACGAUUGCCUGCAACCUCGUCGAAAGUCAAUUUUUUCCAUCCUGGUUGCUCGUCAGUGUAAGAUUCACAGGGCGAUUCGCACUUGCCAGGCAGGAAUUGCAGUGUUACUACAUACCAUCUGCAUAGCCUUGAGUUGUUUAACGGUUUUGAAGGAUCCUUUUUAUUUUCCUUUUCCCAGAUGGUUUUUACCUGUUUCAUCUUUUGCCUCUUGUGAGUAUUGGAAUCUAUUCUUUUUUUUUUUUUUUGGUGGCUUGAAUUGUGACCGAAUCCUGGAAUCCAAUUAGCAAUUGUAGUGUAAAGAAAUGAGUAAGAGUAACAGCCGUUGUUUCCUAUGCUUUCAGAGAAAAAAAAUUUACAUUUGUAUACGUAAU